AUGGCGGCGGCUGCCCCUACCAAUUUCUCUACCUCCGCUACGGCCUCCUCAUCCAAAGCCUUAACACAUCCUGCUCGAGUGCCGACAAGAUCCUUGAGCUUCCUAUCAUCCUCCUUUUCUCCUAAGCUGCUGUGGGUUGCCGCUGGUUCCCGCGCCGCUCCCGCCUCUGGAUCUGCUAUGGCGGUUCGCAUGGUUUCGACCCCCGCCAUCAAGCCCCCGGCAUCCCUGGAUUUCGACACAUCUCUGUUCACAAAGGAGAAAAUCAACCUAGCCGGUCACGAUGAGUUCAUUGUAAGAGGAGGAAGAAACUUGUUUAAAAUGUUGCCAGAUGCGUUCAAGGGUAUAAACCAGAUUGGAGUGAUCGGUUGGGGCUCACAGGGACCUGCACAAGCUCAGAAUUUAAGAGAUUCCCUUGCUGAAGCAAAAUCUGAGAUUGUGGUCAAGAUUGGUUUGAGGAGGGGUUCUAGUUCAUUCGCUGAGGCCCGUGCUGCUGGUUUUACUGAAGAAAAUGGGACCCUAGGAGACAUAUGGGAGACUGUUUCCAGCAGUGAUUUGGUGCUGCUUUUGAUAUCAGAUGCCGCUCAGGCUGAUAAUUACGAGAAGGUGUUCUCUCACAUGAAACCAAAUAGCAUACUUGGACUUUCCCAUGGGUUCCUGUUAGGUCAUUUGCAAUCAAUGGGUCUUGACUUUCCCAAAAACAUCAGUGUCAUAGCUGUAUGCCCCAAGGGAAUGGGACCAUCUGUAAGAAGGUUAUACGUGCAGGGGAAGGAAAUCAAUGGUGCUGGUAUUAAUUCUAGUUUUGCUGUCCACCAGGAUGUUGAUGGAAGGGCUACUGAUGUUGCCCUUGGAUGGUCUGUUGCUCUUGGUUCACCUUUUACUUUUGCCACCACCUUGGAGCAGGAGUACAAGAGUGAUAUCUUUGGGGAACGAGGCAUUUUACUUGGUGCGGUGCAUGGUGUUGUGGAGUCCUUAUUCAGAAGGUACACUGAAAAUGGCAUGAGUGAGGAUCUUGCUUACAGGAACACUGUGGAGAGUAUUACAGGAAUAAUUUCUAAGACCAUAUCAACAAAGGGCAUGCUGGCUGUCUAUAAUGCAUUAAGUGAAGAUGGGAAGAAAGAAUUCGAAGCAGCUUACAGUGCUUCUUAUUAUCCCUGUAUGGAUAUCCUAUAUGAGUGCUAUGAAGAUGUUGCCAGUGGCAGUGAGAUAAGGAGUGUUGUCCUUGCUGGCCGCCGUUUUUAUGAAAAGGAAGGUUUGCCAGCUUUCCCAAUGGGCAAAAUUGAUCAGACACGAAUGUGGAAAGUAGGUGAACGAGUUCGAGCGACACGUCCAGCUGGUGACUUGGGACCUCUGUACCCUUUCACUGCAGGGGUCUUUGUGGCCCUAAUGAUGGCCCAGAUUGAGAUUUUGAGGAAAAAGGGCCACUCUUACUCAGAGAUUAUAAACGAAAGCGUGAUUGAGUCUGUGGAUUCGUUGAAUCCAUUCAUGCAUGCCCGAGGUGUUUCCUUUAUGGUCGACAACUGUUCCACAACAGCCCGACUGGGAUCAAGGAAGUGGGCCCCAAGAUUUGACUACAUUCUCACCCAGCAGGCUCUGGUUGCGGUGGAUAAUGCUGCUCCUAUCAAUCGGGAUCUCAUCAGCAACUUCCUUUCAGAUCCUGUGCAUGGGGCCAUUGAAGUAUGUGCCGAGCUGAGGCCAACAGUCGAUAUCUCUGUGCCCCCGGAUGCUGAUUUUGUCCGUCCGGAGCUCAGACAAUCUGGCAACUGA